AUGGUUCAUAUCGUAUCAUCUGUUCAAAAGUCUGUGGCGCAUAUCGUAUCAUCUGCCCACAAGUCUAAAGCUCAUAUCGUAUCAUUUGAUCACAAGUCUAAGGCUUAUAUUGUAUCAUUUGCUCAAAAGUCUAUGGCUCAUAUCAUAUCAUCUGCCCAAAAGUCUAUGGCUCAUACCAUAUCAUUUGUUCACAAGUCUAUGGCUCAUACCAUAUCAUUUGUUCACAAGUCUAUGGCUCAUAUCGUAUCAUCUGUUCACAAGUCUAUGGCUCAUAUCGUAUCAUCUGAUCACAAGUCUAUAGCUCAUAUCGUAUCAUCUGAUCACAAGUCACGAAGCUUCUAUUAUUAA